UCUCAGCACAUGCGCCGCUAUGUUUUGAAAAGCCGGGCAGCUGAAGCUAAAGCCUGGCGCAGCCCUCCCAGGUUCAUUUAUUUUUAUAUAAAUAUAUUUCCACAAUGUUUCUAAAGUAAGAGCAAAUGAAAAGAUGCCAAAGUCUCUGAAAAAGUCCUGCAGCUCUCAGACCUCCAUUAGCAGGUACUUCGGAGGACUGAGCAGCAGCAGUGCCUCCAACAGUCAGUGUGGGAUUAACCAGAAUCCUGCGCACCAGCUUUCAAGAGGCAAGCAGAAACUUUCCUCUGAUGAAGAUUGCGGGUUGCCAACAAAACGGGCAAAGCUUUCACUACAAGAUGAGCAGGUGGAGGAUUUGGACUGUGAAUCUGCACCCGGUCAGAGCACUAAAGAGACAAAGCUAACAUUGAGCCGAGGAGCAGGCGGCCUCUGCUCCUCCACCCUGGAGAAGCUGAAAGGCUUCACCUGCAUGGCUGAGCCCAGUGCGAGGCACAGUGACACUGAGAGAGAGGAAAAGAAGGCAGAUGGUGCUAGCAGUAAAAUCUACAUCCGAGGAAGCAGCGUUUUGCCUCCUCGAGACACUCCAGAUCAACACAGCAACAAAAACAGGCUACAGCAGGCAGAGGAUGAGCAUGAGGAUGAAGAGGAGGAGGAUAAAGGAAAGGAGAGUUCAGGGUUGGCUGCUACGAAACAGGGGUUCCUCUUGUCUCAGUUUGCAAAGUCAGGAAGAGGUGGAGGGAGAGGGGGAGGGGGAGGAAGGACUGCAGAGCUAAGUCCUCCGUCUGAGUCUAGCGCCCCCUCCAGACGCUCAAAAAGCAUUUACACUCCCCUGGAACAGCAGGUGAUCGAGCUGAAACAGCAGCAUAAGGAUGCCUUGUUGGCUGUGGAGUGUGGUUACAAGUACAGGUUUUUUGGAGAGGAUGCAGAGAUUGCUGCAAAGGAGCUGAACAUCACCUGUCACCUGGAUCAUAACUUCAUGACAUGCAGCAUCCCCACACACCGUCUGUUUGUUCACGUCAGACGGUUGGUGUCCCACGGACACAAGGUUGGUGUUGUUAAGCAGACAGAGACGUCAGCGAUCAAGGCCUCAGGGGCCAAUAGGAACACUCUGUUUACUCGUCAGCUCAGCGCUCUGUACACCAAGUCCACUCUGGUGGGAGAGGAUGUAAACCCGGUCUGUAAACUGGGGAAUGUGGAGGAUGGGGAUUGUGGGGAUGUGGUGUUGGACCCUCCCGACAGCUUCCUGCUGUGUAUCAGUGAGAACUGGGAUAAACUGAAGAAGCAGCUCACUGUCGGGCUGGUGGCGGUCCAGCCCAGCACAGGAGACGUGUUACUGGACUGUUUUGCUGAUGGUCAGUCUCGAUCUGAGCUGGAGACUCGUGUCCUAAAGAUCAACCCUGUGGAGAUCCUGGUGCCCUCUGACCUCUCCGAACAAACCCUCAGACUUCUACAGAGCAUCACUAAUGCCAGUGCUCAGGCUGAUGACCGAGUGAGAGUCGAGAAGAGGGACAGGGAUGAGUUUGAGUUCACCUCUGCAAUGAACACAGUCACCGAGUUCUACUGCCACACCCAGGAGAAAGGCUCUCGCUCUCUGUCGGGUGUGGCGUCCUUGGAGAGCCCAGUGAUCUGCUGUCUAGGGCCGCUCAUCCAGUACCUCCAAGAAUUCAACUUGGAGAGAGUUCUUAGAAGUGAAAGCUCAUUUCGACGUCUGUCCUGUGAGUCUGAGGGUAUGAUACUCAGUGCUGCCACCCUCAGGAACCUGGAAAUCCUCAACAAUCAGACAGAUGGUGGUGUGAAGGGCAGUCUGUUGUGGGUGUUGGACCACACUUGCACUCCGUUUGGGAGGAGACUGAUGAGGAAGUGGGUGAGCCAACCCCUCACAGACCCGCAAUCCGUCUCAGAGCGGCAGGAUGCUGUGCAGGAGAUCUUAGAGUCGGACUCUCUCACUUUGAACUCCACCAGAUCCCUGUUGUCACAUUUGCCUGACCUGGAGAGAGGCAUCUGCAGCAUAUAUCACAAAAAGUCUUCCACACAGGAGUUUUACCUCAUUAGUAGCAGUCUGUCUCGCCUGGGGCUGGAACUGCAGGCCUUGCUCCCAGCCAUCCAGUCACAGAUCAGCUCGACGCUGCUCCGAGGCCUCUUGUUGGACACUCCUGAUCUGCUGGCUCCAGCACACAGCUUUCUCAAAGUGCUCAAUGAAAAGGCGGCCAAGUUGGGGAACAAGACAGAACUGUUCUCAGAUCUGUCCGGCUUCCCGGUGCUGCAGGAAAGGAGGGAGCAGAUCCAGGCCGUCCUCGAUGAGAUUCAAGACCACCGCAAAGAAAUUCGACUGACGCUGAAAGCCCCCGCGCUCGACUACACAAGUGUCUCUGGACAGGAGUUUCUGAUUGAGGUGAAGAACUCGCUGUCGUCCACUGUUCCACCUGACUGGGUCAAAAUCAGCAGCACCAAGGCAGUCAGCAGAUAUCACUCUCCUUUCCUGGUGGAGCGCUACAAGAAGCUGCUGCAGCUCCGGGAGCAGCUGCUGCUGGAUUGCCAGAGGGAGUGGACCAAUUUCCUCGAUCAGUUUGGGGAGCACUAUCACACCAUGAAAAGGGCUAUUAGUCACCUAGCAACCAUGGAUUGUCUCUUUUCAUUGGCUGAGGUGGCUAAACAAGGGGACUAUUGCAGACCGGAGGUGUGCGAAAAUCAGCGUCAGAUCAUGAUCAGGGACGGCAGACACCCUGCUAUAGACUUACUGAUGGGAGAGCACAACCAGUAUGUGCCCAACCAGACUGAACUACAGGGUGAUGCUAGGAGAACCAUGAUAAUCACUGGUCCUAAUAUGGGGGGUAAGAGCUCCUACAUCCGCCAAGUGGCCCUGAUCUGUGUUAUGGCUCAGAUGGGCUCCUACGUCCCAGCCUCUGAGGCCCGUCUGGGCAUACUGGAUGGCAUUUACACCAGGAUGGGGGCCUCAGAUAACAUCUACAAAGGGCGCAGUACAUUCAUGGAAGAGCUGACUGAAGCCUCAGAGAUAAUUUCCCGCGCAACUGAACGUUCAUUGGUCAUCCUUGAUGAACUGGGACGGGGCACGAGCACCCAUGAUGGGAUUGCCAUCGCCUAUGCCACCCUGGAGUACUUCAUCAGAGAUGUGAAAGCCCUAACCCUGUUUGUGACCCAUUAUCCUCCUCUGUGUGAGCUGGAGCGGGCCUAUCCUGCACAUGUGUCUAACUACCACAUGGCUUUCCUACUCAAUGAACCUGACAUCGCUGCUGACACUGAUGAUGGAGAGGUUCAGCCAGAGUUCAUCACCUUCCUCUACCAGCUAACUGAAGGAGCUGCAGGGCGGAGCUACGGCCUGAAUGUCGCCCGAUUGGCUGACAUCCCGGAUCCUAUACUUCACACUGCUGCUCGUAAAGCCAGAGAACUGGAGAACAUGGUCAACGCCAGGAGGAAGAAUAAGAAGCUUCUCUCAGAUCUUUGGAGCGUCUCGGACAGAUCGUCCCUCGUGGAGUGGCUGCAGUCAAACUCUUGACAUCGCAACACCAUGAGAACACACACAUGGAGAAGAGAGAACAUAGCUAUCAGUGAUCGAGCACGCUUAGAGGAGAAUAUACAUGCUCACAGAAGUAAAAACUUGUUUCAGAAAGGACUCAGAUUUGAUAGAGUGGAACAGUUGUUGCUGCUCUUGUUAAUCAUGUGUGUGUGUUGGUGCAUGAGAAGGAUUUUAACCACCUCAGGUUCUGGUUAUCACCAUCAUCUGUACUGUAACAUAAUUGUCAAACCAUUAAUUAAUACCAACUAAUCAGGAUUCUACCUUCCACACUUAAUGUGACAUCAGUGUUUUUGCUGGUUGAAUAAAGAAAAAAAGACAAACUUGU